CCAUCACCCGUUUCCAUUGCGCUGUCUCUCCCUCGCCCUUUGGCUCCACCGCUACAUAAGUUGGCCGCUCGAUUUCCCCUUCUCCUCUCAGCCUCCGUGUCGAACCUUCCGCGCGCGCGCGAGAGAGGAGAGCAACAAGCUGCGAUCUUUCGACGUUUCUGCUGUUGGUUUCGCCGCGGGAUCCUCUCAGCCUUGUAUAUUAUUCUCAAGAACUUUACUCCCCAAGCUGUCAAUAUAACAAUGGAAGCUAAGAUAAUCUUUUCAUAAAGUUGAUUCAAUUGACAUCUCAUAGAUGUCAUGGUUUUCUAUUGGUGGAUGCUGCAAUUUCUAAUUGCCCUCUACUUGUAAAUUUCCUUUGCGAUCAACUAAUAAGUAAUGGACAGAGCAGACACUUCAGGCUUUGUUAGUGGUGGAAGUUGCAAAUUGACAUUCCACGCUUAUUUUCAUUUCACUUAUUCUAUCAUCCUUAAAGCCAAAGCUUCAAGAAUGAUUCACUAAUAUAUAGAGCUGGAAGUCCUCUGUAUCCUGGCCUUCCUUCUGCGGCCUACCUCUGUCCAACCUCGUUUUUGCAACUUUUCCAUUGACGGAUAUGACGAAUUCAACCAUGGCAGAUCUGUCAAAGGAAAAGCAACCUUUGAUGAGUUUUCUAGUGACAGAAGCAGGGAACUUCUCAAGAUCUGGCACAAGCAUCAGCAUGGGUGACACAACAUUGCGCUUGAACUCCUCAAGCUAUGAAACCAGCAGAACUGGUAAAGGAGUAUGUUCUCUGAGCAAUCACGAGCUUUCUGCUACGGAUGAUGGUUGUCGUUUGGUUCUUGGUCUAGGUCCAACUCCAACUUCUUAUGCUUCAGAGUAUUAUUGCAUUGCUGGUGGAAUUAAUAAAACAAAAGAAACUGCCACCUGUACAAACCAAAGCUGGAGCUUGGAAACUGAUAGUAACAUGUUAGAACUUGGACUUUCAAGAGGAAAUGUGGAACCAAUGGUUACCGUGGAUGGCAAUGCAAAUUCUUCCUCUUCCAACUCCAAGCAAAUAUCCAGUGAAAAGCAUCACCUGAUUCCAGUUGUUGAUGAAAGUUCAACAUCAGCCAAGAGAAACUCAGGGGGAUAUAUGCCAUCUCUCCUAUUUGCCCCGAGGCUGACAAUUUCUAUUGGUAUGGUAGAUGCUCCAGGGACCCAUGAUCCAUCAGACACUGGAGCUGAUGAAAUCACUGAUAACAAUCAUCUUCAGUAUGAUCUUCACCAAACGACUGAGCACUUGUCUGCUUCUGAGUCAUCAGCUGGUGCUUUUUCUGCCUCUCCUAGUGUCUCUCAGAGAAUCCAUCACCGUCAUCCUAGGAAAUGCAUGUUCGAGGGCUGUUCUAAAUGUGCAAGGGGGGCAUCUGGUCUAUGCAUUGGACAUGGAGGCGGUCAAAGGUGCCAGAAACCUGGGUGUAAUAAGGGCACUGAGAGCACUGCAGCUUUCUGCAAAGCUCAUGGAGGAGGCAGGAGAUGCCAGAUGCUUGGAUGCACCAAGAGCGCUGAUGGUAAGACAGAUUUCUGUAUUGCUCAUGGAGGUGGGCGCCGGUGCACUCAUUUAGGAUGCGCUAAAGCUGCACGAGGUAAAUCAGGUUUGUGCAUCAAGCACGGAGGCGGGAAGAGGUGCAUUGUAGAGGGGUGCACUCGAAGUGCUGAGGGCCAGCCAGGGCUAUGCAUCUCCCAUGGUGGAGGGCGUAGAUGUCAAUAUCCUGAUUGUUGGAAAGGUGCACAGGGGAGUACCAAUUACUGCAAAGCUCAUGGCGGAGGAAGGCGAUGCAUUUUUCAGGGUUGUACUAAGGGAGCCGAGGGAAGCACACCCCUGUGCAAGGGGCAUGGUGGUGGUAAACGGUGUCUUUUUGAGGGUGGUGGGGUAUGCCCGAAGAGCGUCCAUGGUGGGACACAGUUCUGUGUGGCACAUGGAGGGGGUAAGAGGUGUGCUGUUGCGGGGUGCACAAAGAGUGCCAGAGGCCGCACUGAUUGCUGUGUGCGCCAUGGUGGGGGGAAGCGAUGCCACUUUGAGGGGUGCAAUAAGAGCGCACAGGGGAAGACAGAUUUCUGCAAAGCCCAUGGUGGGGGUAAACGGUGCACAUGGGCCCCAUGCUGUGACAAGUUCGCAAGGGGAAGGAGUGGACUCUGUGCGGCUCAUGGUACGAUGAUGGCCGCCCAGCAAGAGUGCGAGGCUGGGAAGACUGGGGGAAUGAUUGGUCCAGGCCUCUUCCAAGGGAUUGUCGCCUCAUCCGUCACAGUUGGAAGCAGCAUGGAUAAUGGUUAUACCUCUGCAGGUUUUAGCUCUGUUUCAGACUGUGUUGAGUCACAAGCAAAUGCGAGACAGCAUCAGCUUCACAUUCCGCCGCAGGUUCUGGUCCCCUUGUCCAUGAAAUCUCCUCCUCCAUUAGUGUCAAUUGGUUUUGGUGGAGGUGUCGACGACAGCCAGGAGAAGAACUCUGGGUUUGUGGUCCCUGAAGGGAGGGUGCAUGGUGGGGGCUUGUUGUCUCUGCUGAAUGGGAGCUUAAAGAAUGCUGUGGAUGCAGGGUUUGUUUGAUGUUCCUGCUGAUAGUUUCCCUCGAAACGAAGACGAACAAUAAAAGUUGGGUCUCUGAUGAACUGUAUCGCAUUAUGUUCAGUGUUCUUAUGCCUCCUUGGUUCUGGAAGAACUAAUAAUUUGUUGCCCUGCGGGUUGCUGCAACAGGAUUUAUGGCAACGUCUUUGAUGUAAAGCAACGUAUUCUUUUCCAUUCUUAGUUUUUCUGUUGGGUUGUGAUUUGUGUUAUGUCAUGAACUUUGUGGACGUGGGUGUGAGCAUAGUUUUCUGUGGAGUUGGAACUGAAAUGCCUCGUUAUAUCUGUAAUGUUUGUAAGUUUAUGGUUUAGUCUGGCUUUGAAAUGUAAACUUCUUGUUCGCAGUAGGCUUAUGAUUGUAGUUAUUGGA